UGUUAUUCAAACUGACUUCAUUUUGCUUAAACCAUUAGUGCAAAUUGAAAGUUGUCGAUUAAAAAAGGGAAUAAUCUAACACUGAAUAUUAAUGUAAUUGAGAUUCAAUUAAAAUUAUAGUUUUAAACUCAAAGAGUCUGCAUUUAUUGAUCCUAGAAGCAUUACAACUUACAAAAUAUUUUACUUUUCUGUAAAUUACCUCGAUUACUUUCAAUUUCUCACUAUUAUUCAUUAUUUCUCUCAUGUCAUAGAUUUCAGAAAGUGGGAGAUAAACUUCCAUUUUAAUUUAUGAUAAACUAAUUUCUAAUUGAGCAAUUAGUUAAUUGCUUCAUUAGUGAUCCUGGAAGUAUUACAACCAAAUACUUCAGUUUUCUGACAUUUAGGUAAUCAUAACUAGUCGCUUUCUCUUUAAAAAAUAUUUUAUCUCUCUUAUACUCCAAAUUAUUGUCAAUUAAGUACCAAUUGGCCAAUUAGUUAAUUGCUUCAUUAGUCUAAAAGUUAAGAAAAUUUUAUAUCUGCAAAUUAUAGUUUAUUAAUAUUUUGAAAAGUUUUGUUGGUUAAUUUGGAAAACGAGGUAGAAAUGCUUAACUUGAUAUAUGAAUUGUCGGUCUUAUGAAGAUAAAGACCGAGAUGGCUCAAUUCAAGAAUACAAAAUAAAAUAUGCUUGCUUAUUAUUUUGAGGUAUUUAGCACUCUGACUCAGAAGCAGAUUACCAAGCAAACUAAGAAGUUAAAAUCCUUAUUAUUGGAUAUACAUAUGCGGUCUAGGGGUAUAUUUCGACAUAUUUCUUUCAAUUCGGCAAAAAUUUGGAUCAUAAUUAAUAAAUUAUGGGUACUCUCUAUCUUUAGAUAUACAUAUGUUUGCAAUAUUCGUUGUAAAGUUAAGCAUUGGAACAAAGUUGAUUUUACUUUGUAUAUCAAGCCCAUCUAUAUAAAUGUAAGGGUCGAUAUAGACUGCUUUCUGAUCAGAGCUACCACACACAAUAGGCACUAUUUGUGAUUGGCUUUAUUUGCUUAGUCUUCAGCUUUUGUUUAGAAGGCUAGAGACCGAAUUGAAUUUGAAAUAGAUUUUUAUAAAAAAGGAGGCGUAGUUGUUGUCUAAUUUCGUCCUUUUUCGAACUGUAUUAACAGAACAUAAACGGUCAUGAAGUGUCUGAGAUAUGAUAUUUUUCUUGAAGUGGGCUGUGCCACGCCUAUAAUUCAAUUUUGGAUCCAACUAAAUAUAUAUUCUCUGGAGAGUCAGAUAUUUAAUGAAAGCAUAGUGCUUCUGAACUGAUUAAAAGGCAAAUAUUCGGAGAAAAGUCCAUUUCGUACUACUGAUGGUGAUGUAUUCAAAUAUGAACUUGGGCUAUUUGCUUUCAGCCCAAACAAUCAUCUUAUGAAAAUUCCUCAAUAAUGAAGAUUAGUCACAAAGUCAAGCUCAGACAAAGGUGACAAUCAAAAUGGUACGUGAGAAAUUUUAUUAAAAAUAAAAUAUAAGGUACCGCCUGGAAGCACGUGCUCUUCAAUUGGCGCUGCUCAUACUUAAGCAGCUUCUUUAGCUAAACUUUUUGCCGUAGUCAAUUUGUUUUUUAUUUGUCUUCGCUGUUGACUGACAGUUGGCCUCGUGCACUUGCGAAUGAAUCAACAACAAAAACACUAAGAUAAGUAGCACGUUUUGAAAUAUAACACACCUCACAGUUAACUGACUGAGUCAGCCAUGAGCUCCAGGAUACCAACGCUAGCAACCUACACACAAUGGCUGUACGCCUGGACGCUUACGCUCCGCCAUGGAUUGCUCUUUCGCCUAAAAGUGUUGCCGUGGGAGCAUUUUAGUCAUCAAAAUACAGGAAAACCAAGUAGAGGAGUGAGUGAGCGGGUAAAGGUGAUGAGGGGAUGUAGCAGUUGAGAGCGAACAGCAAUGUUAAAUGAGAGCCAACAGCGCUGCUGUUCCAUAAGAGCCUUGAAAUACAUGGUAAAGAGGAGAAUAAACAACAAAGCGCGGAAGUGAGUAAAUGAAAUACCAAAAAAGGACAAAAACAAACACAAAAAAAUGGUGAAAGCAAAAGUUAAUAACUGGCGCGUGUUGCUGGCUGUCACAUUGACAGUUCAAUAUGCUGCAGAGAGCGUAAAACAAAGUGAGAGUGUUAGUCAAGUUACGCUCACAGCUCUCACAUUUAAGUGAGCCUGUGGCACGAAUACCAAUCGGUUUUAACGGCAAUGCCUACUUAAACUACUUUCACGAACAAUCUCUACGCUGCUGCGACGUCGCCUUCGCAACGAAGUGAGGAACAAAAUAACACUGACCGCAGUAGCAGCAGCAGCGGAAACGCCACAAGCCACGACGGCCGCCACGACAUGCGGAGUACAAUGUUGAAUAAAGGAAGUGAAGUAGUUGAAAGUUGAAUUGUUGCAAAGGAGCAAAAGGAAAUAUGAGAAACGCUUUGCUGCGCUCUUCGGCGUCUGCCUUGCAAUUAUUGUUGUGCUGGUCGUCGACACGUGUUUUUUUUGUUGCUUACGGUGCCUUAACUAGCCGUAUGUAUGCUCGCGCUCGCUCACAUAGCUCAGUUAUAGUUGGGUAUGACGGUUCGCUGGCUAGCUAGUUGGCUGGUUUGGUUGCUUGGUUUACUGGUAUUGCUCACAACAGACUGGUUACGCGAAGCGAAGUGAAGUUGAUGCGAUUUAUUUGUUGUUUGUUGCCAAACGAAUGCGGUGAACUAGCGCGCUGAGUGCUGUGCUGUGCUGUGCGCUGUGCCGAGCUGAGUUGAACUCUGUGAGCCGUGAAAUCUGGUGAAUGUCGUGUGUCUUCAACCAGUCACCAAUGGCACUACUAACCGAUUUAAAUAAGCGUCGCUCAUGUGUGCGCGUGUGUGUGGUGGUCGCUGCUGGCGCCGUCAAGAUUUGAUUUGAAAUUCUAUGACCGAUUGUGGCAUCAAAGACAUUUGUGCAAAGUGGAGUUGUUGAAAUAUUAAGCAAACUUCAGUGUGUGGCGAAUAUAGUUAUCUGUAGUGGUGAUUUAAAUAUAUAAAAUAAAAUAAAUAAAAGCACAAAAUGAGCAAUCAAAUGACAAAUAUUUAAAAAAUAUUCAAGAAAUAAUAUUAAAAAAGCUCCAAUAGCGCUUAUAACACUUGUGCGCCUAAAAGUAUGUAAAUCUGCAUUUCGUGAUGCAACAUAUAAAGUGAAAAUUGUGUGGUGCAGCAAAAAAGAAAAUAUAUAUUAUAUAUAUAAUAUAUUUAUAUGGCAAAUGCAGCAUGUCAGUAAAUGCAAAAAAAAAAUUCCAAUAAAUAUGGCACAAAUGCAACAACAUGUGACAACGCCUAAAAACAUGCAACGAAAAAGGGAAUUUACAAAAAUCUGACCUUGCGUCAGUUGCUAUGCAAGCGGUUAAAUACAAAAGCGUGUGUGUGUGUUGUGAAAAUAUAAAUUUUCAAAAAAAGUAAAAUUAGCAAGAAAAAUAAAAAUAUUUUUCAAACAAACGAUAAUGCUUAAUGACGGUAAUUAUUUUUUUCCAAAUGCUUAGUGCUUAGUAACAGCUUAGUUAAGUGGGUGUUAGCGCGACAUCUUGACAUUUAUGACAUUCUCGCAACUGUUGAUUGAUUGUUAAAAAUUAAAAAGUAAAAUAUAUUGGCAUAAAAUAGUGCGCACUUAGCUCAUUUAGUAAAUUGCGCAACUGCUGUGAUAACAAGUGGCUUAUAUGAAUACAAAUAUUUAAUGAAAUGCAUAAAUGACAAAGCAUUUUUGUUUAACUACAUACAUAAGGAUAUACAAGUAAUUAGAAGCAAUUAAUAUUUUGGUUGUGCGUAUCAAGCUAGUAAAUUAUAAAUGUGCACAAAAAUUACACAAAUUUAAUAAACUUCAACAACGAAUUAAGCUUAUAGCAUAUACGCCUACAAAUAUGCUAUUCAUAUAAAAAUUAAUGAAAAUAAUAAACGUGUGCUGAAAAAUAUUAGUAGCACCGAGAAAAAUAUCAGUGAAAUAAGCACGCUGAACGUUAACUGCCAGUGAACAUUCCAUUAUAUUAACGAAAUCGAAAGUAAAAACACAAAAAUUUAAUAGUUUCUAAGAAAAACAAGUUGUACACGCGCAAAAAAUGCACUAAAAUAUCAAAGUAAACUUUUAAUCGUGUUAUUUUAUGCAAACUUUACAAAAAACGCAUUUUUUGGAAACUCACCACACCGUGGUGAAAAAGUAUUUUUACACGCUAGAGCUGGAAAUGAAGUUACUUUGAGUUUGAAAUAUAAAAUUAAAAUUUUCGGCUACUACCACUCAUAUGACAUGCUUCAAUAGUGCAUUAUAAAAAUUCCAUGCUUUGAAAAGUAUAAAGAUGCAAAAAAUGUUGUAAGAAGUAGUGAUUGUGUCACUUCUCUCAAGUUUAAAGUGCAAAAACAAGUUUAAUUAAAACUCUUUCUCUCGAGAAGAAAUUAUUGUGUGAAAAUUUUGUUGUGAAGGAACGGAAUGAUUGACUAAAACCACAUCAAUUCAAGACACUUUUAGAAUAAUACUAGAUGCACUUGUUAGAACCUCAUCAUUCCACGGCAGUUCGGAUUUAAAACAAACAACUUAACAAUAAAUUUAUUGAAAAAGCAAAAAAAAAAACGCACAUUUUGUUAAUAGCGGUAUUACUAUUAGAAACUCGCAUAUAGUAAUUUAGAAAAAAAUACGAUUUUCAAAACUCAACACGCUGCUUUAAAACACAAAAUAACAGUAUCAACUAAGAUAAGUCGACACAUGUUUCCAAAUAUUACUCACUAAAUUAAAAAAUAAUAAUCAGCCAUACUCAAAACACCAUGGUGAAUUUGAAACAGAUGUGAAUUCCGUUAUGAAACUACAAAACCAUAUAAUAAACAAAUGUGAAACGGUUUCAAAGCAAACUGCACUUUCGAAAGCAAUCAGCAACAAAGCAAUACUGAAAACAUAAGCCACUUAUUCUACUCAAAACUCAACUUAUAAAAAUAUGUUCAAAAACUAACACAAUCGCUUAAAAGCAACUAAUUGACAAACAAAAAUAUCAAAGCGCAACAUUUAACGCACCGCACUACAGCAAGCAACAAACAAUUCAAAACUCACCACACUUGUUAAGAAAGUCCAACAUUAACGCAGCGCCAUGGGAUCACAUGGUGCGGGCGCAUGCGAUUGCUGCGGCGGAGGCGCCGGUGGUAGCUCAUCCACCGUUAGCAACAAUGGCAACAGCGAUGCACCACAGCGGCAACAACAGCAACAAGGAGAACAAAGCAAUAACAACAGUCCACAACGACAACGACCGCAGGGGCAACAGCAACAACUUGAGCAUCCACAAUUUCCGCCGCACAUGUUCGGCGCUGCCGCCGCUUUACACUUGCGACGCGAGCGCGAACCACCACAAUUGCCGCCGCUGCCUAUUGUGCCGAUUAUGCCACCGCGCCCACCAACCGCGCAGCAACAAGCGCAACAUCAUUUAGGCGUGCCGGCUGUGGCGAUAAUUGCACCGCGCGGUCACCGACACCAGCAAACGCAAGACCAACAGAACAACAAUAACAAUAAUAUAUUUGGAGGCGGCGGUGUGGGCGCGGGUGGUGGCGCCGCACAAACGCAACACGCCAGCAUCGCACACUACAUCAAUCAAGUGAAUAUGCAUAUGAAUCUGAGCAAUAAUAACAACACCAAUACAGGCAGCACUGGCGUUGUUGCUGUUGGCGCCACCGGUGGCACCACUACGAAUGCGCUUAGUGUAAGCGCCACCACCGGCAGCGGUCAACAAAACUAUAAUAACAACAAUCAUAUUUAUGUGAAUCCACAUUCGUACGAUAUGCAGAGAGCGAGCGGCGCGGCACCGCGUAUGCAACAAAACAACAACAACGCCACGAAUACAACCACCACCAGCACCAAUAAUAAUAGUAAUCUGAAUAGAAGCAACAGCAACAAUAACACGAACACCAGCAACACAAGCAUCUCGCAACACACCACCGCCACCGGCUCGACCGCAGUCGCCAUGCCACCGCAACAACACGCAGCAAACGCGCGCACGAAUCACACUCAACCACCGCCGCCGCAGAUCACCACCACAGGCGUUGGACCGCCGGGCUUCGAUUGGCAUUUCACGAACGGCUCAAGUAGCGCUACCGGCGGUGGCGGCGGCGCCUUUGGCGGUUUCGAGCUGACGCGCCAAUUCACCUCCUCCACGCUGAGCACACUCAAUACAUAUCUAUUUCCGUGCGGCGCCGACUCGGCCGGCACCAUUGGCGGCGUGACGCUGAACAGCGGCAGUGGCUCGUGCGAUUUGGACAGCAACUUCAGUCAGAUGGUCGCCGGCAGCGAGGGUGGCGCCAGCUCCACCUUCAGCUCUGGACUGGGCUUCAUCAACAAACGGCGCAUACGUCGCCUCUUCGGUGUCGGCACACCAGAUCACCGCUGCACUGGCGCGCAUGCGGCAGCUGUGCGACGACGCAGCUCGCCGCUGGUGCACUUUCAAACCGCCGCUUUGGCCAAGAAGAAGCAACAACAAAUGGAGCGCGAAGCAACUGUUGCUUCGGCCAAUGCGGCGCUGUUCGAGCAGAAGAAGAAGAAAAAGAAGGAGAAGAAGAAACUGCCCGGUCCACCGCAACAGGUGCGCGCGCAGUCGUCGCGUCAAAUGGAGGAUCCGAUGAUGAAUCGGCCUCGACGUCAAAACACCACGACCACCAAGAAGGACAGGGAGAAGGAACAGCUGGAAUUCCAAUUGAAGAUAUUGCAACAGCUGCAGCUACAACAAUUGCAAAAACAACAGCAACAAGAUGUCGAACUGGACAUGGAGUAUAUCUAUGAGAAGUACCCACACAAAAUAAGAUUUUUUAAAUAAAUUUUUGAAAUAAAAAAUAUUUGCGUUAAGUUUUCCAAAGCACUUUUAGCAACGCGCCCACACGCCUUUUGAGUGCCAAGCAUUUUACGCUUAAGCAGUUUAUAAUACAUAUAUAUAUAUAUAUAUUUAUUGAAAAUAAAAGUAAAAUUUUUAUACAGCAGCUUUGUUUCAUUUGAUUUGUGUAUGGUUUUCUUCAUUUCAGUGCAACGCCGAUUUACAGUACGCUUCAAAGCUUUUAUAUACUAGAAUAUGCGUUAUUUAUUCACCACACAUGCACACACACUUGCAUAGUUGCCGUUGUUCUUGAUUAUGUUUUGCUCACGUAGUUUUGUCUUUGGCUUUUCUUUGAUUUUCAUGCAGCGCUAAUACUUGUUUUUGUUCCACACCAAUUGAAUUUGUUUGUUAACGCUACAGUAUUAUCCACUUAAAUGAAUCAAAUUGAACAUCAUUUGAAAUGCUUUUAAGCGAAAAUUUUAAGUUUAGUGAAUAAUUAUAUUAGAAAUAUAUAAUUUAAUGAGUUCCUCAAUUGAUUCAAACCAAAUAUUUGCAGCACUUUAAAUUCAAUUGGGGUUGAGAAUACUGUAUAUUUCACAUACAUGCUUCUAUCCCAAAAAGUUUGAACUUUUUAGUAGUAGCUUAUUAAUUUUGUGAGAGCUUUUUUGAGCCGUAUCUAAAUAUUUAAACAAACUUGAUUAGGAUCUACAACUUUGCUUCCGCCGUUUUCCAAUAGAUGUCUCUAGGCUCAAGCACUGGUCGAUUAAAUCGAUUAAAUCGUUUUAUAUCGAUCUUGGACAUUUUCGUCAACAUUAACCCAACAAAAUAUUUGUAGAGAUCUGUUUGCAUCCCAAACUUAUUCUCAACUUUAAAUGUCACUUUUUGAGCCGAAUGCUAUCGACGGCCAAUAUUUUGAAUAACAUUUUUGUAACCGUUUUUUUUUUACAAAAAAGCCUUAAAUUUACAAAAAAAAAAAAAAACGGAAAACAAAGUUGUAAACAUAAUAUUAUACUGAAAUCUGAGUUAUACAUAACUUUACAAUCGUCUUGUACAUAAAUAAUAUUUUCGAAAUAUGUAAAAAGCCACAGAGUCUUUUUAACCGAAAUUCCGAAAAAAAUACAUAACUCAGAGAGUCAACCUAAUAAAGAAUUAACAGCAUGACUACAUAAAAUCAAAUAUCAUAAAAAGUAAUAUAAUGUAAUCUUUGGUCUUAUCAAUAGGUGGUCUCAAAUACCUCUCAAAAGCGAAAAUGUCUUCCGAGAGCAUAUUUGUAUCACAUUGAGUCCAAAGCUCUACCAAAUUAUUGGUAAAGAACCAAAUGAUUGGAAGUAUUCACGAUUUUCCUAAAACCUACAUUUACUAU